CCACCGAACGGGUAGACUCUUUUAGCACAGUUGAGCCAAACGAUCCGGAUCUCAAAAAAAGGAGCCGAAAUUCCCAUCAGUCCAGGCUAGCUGUGUGAAGAUAGCGCGCUAUGAAACAGAACAGUUUGUUUUCAGGACAGCACAAUGACGAACAAUAUGAAGUAUGAUAAAUUAAUAUCGCUCCAACAUGCUGCUAACGUCACCGGCAGCUAGGACCGGGGCUUUCUGCUCCACGGUUAUCGUCUACAUGGACAGAGGAUAACAUUAACGUCGCUGCGUGAGACUUCCCGAGUGGGCACGGAUGGGAUUAACUGGGCUAGCCGCAGCUAAUGACGGUGCUGGCUGACUAGCUUCGCUGCUAACCGGUUUGAGUUUGCAGUCUAACUCAGUCAGCUGAUAGCUCUCAUCUGGAAAUCGCCGGGCAGGAUUCGCCGGAACCGCCAUGCCUCCCCGGCCCUCUUCCGGAGAACUAUGGGGGAUGCACUUGAUGCCCCCCAGCAUCCUAGUGGACUGCCUGCUGCCAAACGGCAUGAUCCUCACGUUGGAGUGCCUCCGGGAGGCUACGCUCAUUACAGUGAAGCACGAGCUCUUCAAGGAAGCCAGGAAGUACCCCCUCUACCAUCUGCUGCAGGAGGAGAGCUCCUACAUCUUCGUCAGCGUCACGCAGGAGGCCGAGCGCGAGGAGUUUUACGACGAGACCAGGAGGCUGUGCGAUCUCCGGCUCUUCCAGGCUUUCCUCAAAGUUAUCGAGCCAGUGGGCAACAGAGAGGAGAAAAUCCUCAACAGAGAAAUAGGCUUCGCCAUCGGAAUGCCCAUAUGCGAGUUUGAUUUGGUGAAGGACUCCGAAGUACAGGACUUCAGAAGGAACAUUUUAAACGUUUGCAAAGAAGCCGUGGACCUCAGAGACAGCAACGGCUGCCACAGCAGAGCGUUGUACGUCUACCCGCCUAACGUGGAAUCGUCCGCAGAGCUUCCCAGGCACAUCUACAAUAAACUAGAUAAAGGCCAGAUUAUCGUGGUGAUCUGGGUCAUCGUUUCUCCCAGCAACGACAAGCAGAAGUACACCCUGAAGAUCAACCACGACUGCGUGCCCGAGCAGGUGAUCGCCGAAGCCAUCCGGAAGAAGACGCGCAGCAUGCUGCUCACUCAGGAGCAGCUGAAGAUGUGCGUCCAGGAGUACCAGGGGAAGUACAUCCUCAAAGUCUGCGGCUGCGACGAGUACUUGCUGGAGAAAUACCCCCUGAGUCAGUACAAGUACAUCCGCAGCUGCAUCAUGCUGGGAAGGAUGCCCAAUCUGAUGCUGAUGUCCAAGGAGAGCCUGUAUUCCCAGCUGCCCAUGGAGAACUUCACCAUGCCGUCGUACGCCAGGCGGAUCUCCACGGCGACGCCCUACAUGAACGGCGAGACGGCCACCAAGUGUCUCUGGACAAUCAACGGGACGCUGAGGAUCAGGAUCCUCUGCGCCACAUACGUCAAUGUAAACAUCAGAGACAUAGACAAGAUUUACGUCAGGACUGGGAUCUACCAUGGUGGGGAGCAGCUGUGUGACAAUGUCAACACUCAGCGCGUUCCCUGCUCUAAUCCCAGGUGGAACGAGUGGCUGACCUACGACAUGUACGUCACAGAAAUUCCCAGAGCCGCUCGACUCUGCCUCUCCAUCUGCUCCGUCAAAGGAAGGAAGGGAGCUAAAGAGGAGCAUUGUCCCCUGGCCUGGGGCAACAUCAACCUGUUUGACUACACACACACGCUGGUAGCAGGGAAGAUGGCUCUCAACCUGUGGCCUGUCCCACACGGCCUGGAGGAUCUGCUCAACCCCAUCGGCGUCACAGGCUCCAACCCCAACAAGGAAACCCCUUGCUUGGAGCUGGAGUUCGACCACUUCAGCUGCCCAGUCAAGUUCCCUGACAUGAGCAUGAUCGAGGAUCACGCCAACUGGAACAUUUCCCGGGAGCUCGGCUUUAAUUACUCACACCCCGGCUUGAGCAACAGGCUGGCACGGGACAAACCCCUGACUGAGAGCGAUAAUGAACAGCUGCGCCAAGUGUGUAACCGGGACCCUCUGUCUGAGAUCACUGAGCAGGAGAAGGACUUUCUGUGGAGCCACAGGCAUUACUGCAUCAACAUCCCAGAUAUCCUUCCCAAGAUCCUCCUGGCUGUGAAGUGGAACUCCAGAGACGAGGUCGCGCAGAUGUAUUGCCUUCUCAAAGACUGGCCUGCCAUUAAGCCAGAACAAGCCAUGGAGUUGCUGGACUGCAACUUCCCCGACCCCAUGAUCCGAGAGUUCGCCGUGAAGUGCCUUGAGAAAUACCUAACCGACGACAAACUGUCGCAGUACCUCAUCCAGCUGGUCCAGGUUCUGAAGUAUGAGCAGUACCUGGACAACCCUCUCGCCCGCUUCCUGCUGAAGAAGGCUCUGACCAAUCAGAGGAUAGGACACUUCUUCUUCUGGCAUUUAAAAUCAGAGAUGCACAACAAGACGGUCAGCCAGCGCUUCGGCCUCCUGCUGGAGUCGUACUGCCGGGCGUGCGGCAUGUAUCUGAAGCACCUGAGCCGGCAGGUGGAGGCCAUGGAGAAGCUCAUCAAUCUCACCGACCUGCUCAAGCAGGAGAAAAAAGACGAGGCGCAGAAGGUCCAAAUGAAGUUUCUGGUCGAGCAGAUGAAGAGGCCUGACUACAUGGAUGCACUACAAAGCUUUACCUCUCCGCUCAACCCGGCACAUCAGCUGGGGAACCUCCGCCUGGAGGAAUGUCGGAUGAUGUCAUCGGCAAAGCGACCUCUCUGGCUGAACUGGGAAAACCCGGACAUGAUGUCCGAACUUCUCUUCCAGAACAACGAAAUCAUCUUCAAAAAUGGAGACGAUCUGAGGCAGGACAUGCUGACGCUGCAGAUCAUUAGGAUAAUGGAGAACAUCUGGCAGAACCAGGGCCUUGAUCUCAGGAUGCUGCCGUACGGCUGCCUGUCUAUCGGCGACUGCGUGGGGUUGAUCGAAGUGGUGAGGAACUCUCACACCAUCAUGCAGAUCCAGUGCAAAGGAGGCCUGAAGGGGGCGCUGCAGUUCAACAGCCACGCUCUGCACCAGUGGCUCAAGGAUAAGAACAAGGGGGAAAUGUACGACCAGGCCAUCGACCUCUUCACCCGGUCGUGCGCCGGCUACUGCGUGGCCACCUUCAUCCUCGGCAUCGGAGACAGACACAACAGCAACAUCAUGGUGAAAGACGACGGGCAGCUGUUCCACAUCGACUUCGGCCAUUUCCUCGACCACAAAAAGAAGAAGUUUGGGUACAAGAGGGAGCGGGUCCCGUUUGUUCUCACGCAGGACUUCUUGAUCGUCAUCAGCAAAGGGACGCAAGAGUGUACAAAAACCAGAGAGUUCGAAAGGUUCCAGGAGAUGUGCUACAAGGCGUACCUGGCCAUCCGGCAGCACGCCAACCUCUUCAUCAACCUGUUCUCCAUGAUGCUGGGCUCGGGCAUGCCAGAGCUGCAGUCGUUCGACGACAUCGCCUACAUCAGGAAGACCCUGGCCCUGGACAAGUCCGAGCAGGAGGCGCUCGACUACUUCAUGAAGCAGAUGAACGACGCCCAUCACGGCGGCUGGACCACCAAGAUGGACUGGAUCUUCCACACCAUCCGCCAGCACGCCAUGAACUGAGAGGACUCCGUUUCCUUCCCAAAGCCACGUGAAGGUCUGGUUAUUGCCGCCGAGCUAAACAAAAACAAAGAGGCUUAAAAAAAAAAAAAGCCUUCAUUGAAGACAAAACGCCUAAAAGCGUCUAUGAAUCCAAGUUAAGAUAUUUUUUCCACUUAAUAAUGGGGAAAAUAAUGGUGGAAACGGUGGGAAAACAACUUCCUGCUACUUUGAGAAACAACGGUGACGUUUCUCAUACGAACAGAAUGAGCAGAGAGGACCUGAACGGUGCCGAUCUUUCUAUAUAUAUAUAUAUAUAUAUAUAUAGCUCAACAUACAGACACAAAAGAAUAUUUCCUUACUUUUUAUUCCUUCCCGUACAUCUCCAACCAUCAGCCGGAGCUUUCCCUGUGGGCGACCUGACUGAACCGUUUUCUACUACCUUGUUUUGAUGGACAGAAGGACAAGAACCCCUCUUGGUUUACGACGGGGAGGAACCGACAACACUCAACGAUCUGUGGUCUGAAAGAUUUCACGUUUUCUGCAGCACACUACCAGACUGAACCCGGAACUCGACGGCGAGCGCGCCGCGUAACUGAGUUUUCUACAGCACUAUAUCUUUGCUUAUAUGCAUUUGGUGCACAUAUUUCUAUAUAACAGAAUUUUCUACUGAGCCAAAGUACCAUAUAUAUAUACAUAUAUAUGUAUGUAUAUAUAUAUAUAUGUGUGUGUGUGUGUGUGUGUGUGUUCAAAACCCCACUACAGAGCAGUCUUAUUUUAAUCAGCCUAAAAAAAAACAGUCACUACUCUUCCAUGUUUUGUGUGUACACAUAGCACUGAUCUCUGCAGUAUUUGUUUUGUCUGUCAGUAUUACCGUCGCACCCACCCAGCAGAGCUAGAGGAAACCCCCCCCCACAUCACCUAGCUCCAAUAAGUCUUUUUUUUUUUUUUUUUUGUCCAGUAUUGAAACAUAGGAGGAAGAAAAAGAAAAAAGUGCGUGUAAUGUUCCUUUAGCUUGAUGUUCUGUUCCACUAUGCAAGUUGUGGCUCUAACCUGUACCGUACACUAGAAAAGGAAUGAAAGCUCCCUAAGGAUACUCAGAACCGUGACGGUGAAGGACGGACAGACGGCUCGCCUCUGGGGAGGGAGAGCAGAAGAAGCAAAACCGUUUCCCCGGAACACUAAAGUCUCCUCCCACUUCCUCCCAGCAGAACGAACUGUGUGGAGGAUACACUUUGGAACCCCGCCCCCUUUUUUGUUUCUCUCCUCCUCGUCGCCGAAGCCACGUGCGUUAUUGUGCCUCAUUCUGUUUCUUCGUCUUCCGAUUUAGAGAGAGAAAAGGUGACAUUCUCUGUCGCUUUCAAGUAGGCGUGGGUGGAGUUAGGCACCGCUCCUAAAAACAAGUCACAGAAAUGUUCAAAUGUUAAAGCUGCAACAUGUUUUAAAAAACAUGUCACUGUGUCGCAACAGUGUAAUAUGAGACAGAAAAUCUGAAAACGUGAAACUCCUCUGUCUUCUCCAGGUGGUCCUACUGCAGGAAUGCAAACGACCAAUCAGAGCCAGGAGGAGGGCCUUGGCGCCGUCAGUCACCUACGUGUAGGCUAGCUGUGCUAAUGGUGGAGAAACAGCUUCCCGCUACAGAAACCUAUUCACCGUCACCGGUGGCCAUGCUAACUAGCUGUAGCGUAGCAGAGAGCAAGGGGGAAGAGUGUGAGCAGCGCGUACAUGAUCGUGAUUGACAUCGCUAAGAUCCUCCUCCUGACUUUGGUUGGUUGUUUCUGACCAAGUUAUUUCUGCAGAUGACACUAUGACCACAGUUUUUUUCACAUUAUUUUCUGUCAUACUGUCAGGACAUAAAGACAUUUUUAACCAAGAAUCUUUAAUAAAAGUCCUAGUUUUAAAGUCCUUUGAAUGACUUAAAAGGUUCUUUUAAAAGAUUUUGAUAAGGACCAUAAUUACUUUGCUCUAGCCAAUAAUUACCGUGGCGACCUGAUACCAGCCCAUGUCUUACUUGCAAACCUUUCGUUUCCUUUCCCCCGGUGAAUCAGUCGGUCUCCACGCUCUUAGGAAGCUCCUCGUCUCCAACACGACGUCCUCUUGGCCUUUUCUGCUGCUCAGGAAGCCAAAGCCCAUCGUGGCGAAGCGCGAUCCCGACGCCCCUCUCCCUCUAAACGACCAUCUCCUGCCGUCUCUACGUUGUCACGCAAGAACUCCCCAGACAUAAACUCCUCCCCCCGUUUUCUCGUCUGACGUCGUUUACUUGAAUUUCAUGUACAGAAACGAUCUCGUUACUCGUGUGAGGUACAGUCCCAAUGAAGGUAACAAGACGCUAUUACAUGUGCAAAUGCUUUCCUUGAAUAACUACAGAGGUAAUAUAUAUUUUUGUAUUUUUGAAAUGUACACAAACUCAUGUAUGUAACCGCUAAAAGAAAAGAAACAAAGAACAAACAAACAAAAAAAACAAAAAAAAAGAGGCAGCAGUGCGUUACCUUUUCCAGUCUCCUACCAAGUCCAGCUGCCUUCCUCCAUUAGUGGUGAGGACGGAGUGACUGACGGACAAGUUCUCAUGUACCAUCGUCUUCUCCCGCCCCUCAAGUGGAACUCUGUAAGCACAAAACGUUGUAUUUUUUUUUUUUUUUUGAAGAACCAUACUUUGCAUGUUUUAAAGCAGACCAGUUUUUGGGUUUCUUCUAUACUCACUCGUCUAGAACCCGUAGAACUUCUUCGGAUCACUUGUUUUAUGCGUCCUCAUAUGACCAUGUCUGUUAAGAAACUAUACAUUCAUUUAUUGUGCUGUUGAAUAAUAAUAAAUAAAAAAAAAAACAUUA